AUGCUACUUGUGGACUUACCUGACGAGAUUCUAACCUCGAUAUGCUCAAUCUUACAUCGACCUCCACCCACCAUCGGAGUACCGUCGACGAGGAAAGAGUUCCAUCAGCACGACUUGACUUCGGUUUUGCGGGUAAACAAGCGCUUCUUGAACAUAGCCUGUAGAAUCCUAUAUACUCAUCCUAUAGUCGAUGAUCCCCACAACUUUCUACUCGGUAUCGACUCCCCUUCGUCGAGCUCAUUCUAUAAGAUUAACAUAAUUCGACAUGUCAAGACUCUCGACAUUCAACAUAGACAAAGUACGAGAGAUGCAGACGAUCAGAGAGGCAAUCAAUAUGUGCGUGUGGACCUAAAAGAUCGACUGAUCUGGGAAGGGAGAGUGUUGGAGAAGGGAAAAGAGGAUUUAGAUAAUUGUAAGAAAGCGUAUAACCUCUUGGAACGGUUCAAGGAGAAUCAGGCAAAGAUUUAUUUAAUGCCUAAUCUUCAGAUGAUGCGACUAGGUGCAUGGGACCAAGGAUGGUGGAUCAAAGUGAUGAAAGAGGUGAUGUUCGAUGAGAAACGCAAGGAAGAUCGCACGGACUUUCGAUCUCUAUCUGGAUAUCAAAAUAUGUAUGAGGUGAUCAGAACCACUCAUCGAAAAUCGUUUGAAUUCACUGCAUUAUUGCUAGACUUCAUCAGACCCAAGGAGAUUUUACAAUACACUCAAGCUGGUCCUAUGUCAUUCCAUGAUGCCUUGUAUCAACGAAUACCCAUUGGCGAACUCUCUCCGGUGGUGAUCAGUCAUUUGGAUUUCGAUAUAGACAGACAUACAAUCAACUUGUUUCCUUCUAUUGCCAUUGGAUCACUCAACAAAUGGUUAAUCAAAUGCACGCCGUCUCCCCGGGUGACAGAACAAGAUGAUGAAGAUGGAGAGGGAGAGAGUGUAUACAUAGAUUAUGAUGGAUUAAUGGUGACACUACAUAUACUCUUAAAGCACGUAUCAAAUAUCACUUAUCCGCCGAGCGCUACACCAAGUCGGGAGACGAUAUUGGAGAUAUACGAUUUAGAUAAAUUAGAAUAUAAGGAAUAUGACGAACAGGGCGAAGUCACUUUAGCCGCGGGGAGUAUGUGGAUAGGAAGGAAUGAGAUUUAUGCGUAUAAUGAUGAGGAUCAGAGUGAUUGGCCUGAGGUGCUUGAUCUAGAGCUGAAUGGGGGAGCUAGGAGGUUCGGUCCAUGGGGGAUGAUGGAGGUAACCAGGAAGGGGGUUAGAUUCAUUGAUGUUAGGAAAGAAGAGCUGAGUAUGACAGUGAAGUUUGUACAUUCUGCGUGA